AUGGUGAACUGCGAUGGCCAGUCUAACCAUGCUCUUGCUGAUGAUGAAGAUCUCGUUUUUGAAAUCCUCACAAGGCUACCUGUUAAGUCUUUGAUGCGAUUUCGUAGCGUAAGCAGACCUUGGCGUGCUUUGAUCUCCCAGUCUCACUUCAUUAAGAAGCACCAGAGCCACGCAAACAGUGGCAUCGCCAAGAACAGCAGCUCCAGGGUUAUUUUCCUGACGAAUCCUCCCACCUUCAUACGAUUGGAAGAUUUGGAGAGUCUCAGUAGUGAUGGUCUAGAUCUUGUUACUCCUACAAAGCUUGCACUGCCGGUAAUACUGGUCGGUGUUCCUUUGAUUGAAUGCGAACACAGCUUUACCUCCUUCGCCGAUCAGACCACCGUUCAGGUUUUUGCCCUAAAAUGGGAUUCUUGGAAUUUUCAUGAAUGGUGCGGGGAUAUUAACACCUUGAAAGGGCAGGGGCACUUCUUAAACGGAGCUCUGCAUUGGUUGGAGUUCGAGUCAUUGGAGUUUCAAGGGGGCUCGAGAAUCAUGUCAUUUCAUUUAGGUGAGGAGAAGUUCGAAGAGAUUCCAACACCCUUCGAUGGUGAAGUUAUUAGAGGAGCACCGGGUGGUUUUAAUGGGUUCAUGACGUUCAAGAAUCGCCUAUGUGUGUAUUCUGGUGCGUUUUUCCCCUCUCCAUUUACUAUACGCAUGCUGGAGAAGUAUGAGGAUAAGGAAUCCUGGGUAGAGAUUUUAAACGUAGAUUCAAAUGUUGUUCUUGACUUUGGUGAUAAAAUACUUUACUUGAAGCCUCUGUGCAUUCUGGAAAGUGGUGAAAUUUUGGUGGAUAAUGUAGAAGAAGGCCAUGGAUCUGUGUUGGCAUUGUAUAAUCCUGACGAAAGAACAUCCAGGGAUCUUGUUCAUAACCAUAAGCAUUUGUAUUUUGACACCAUUAUCUGUGAAGAAACUUUAGUUUCACCAGUAAUCGGCAGUGGCGGAGACAACGAUGCUGCACCAGCAACUUUGUGA